GGCAGCCACAGCUGAGUCGCAUCACAACUUGUUGCUCCAGCAGCAUCACUGACACACGUGGAGCGGCAGCGGGUGUUUUCAGUCCCUCGGAUCCGGCGGAGAUGAGGUCUGCAGCGGCUCUUUGCUUGUCUUUGCUCCUCGGUAUGAUGUGCAGCUCUGACCGGGCAGCAGCGCGACUGAACGACUCCUCUCUCCUGGCAGAGUCUCUGUUUUCCCACACGGAGCGCCUACUGAAUGUUUCGGGACAGCCGGGGAACCGGACUUCGGGCUUUUUCCUCCUGGACUUUGAUGAGGAGACCCUGGAGGGCUGGCGCUCUCUGGCCAGCAGGAAGAGCAGCGGAGAGGAGUCGCAGUGGGGCGGCGUGAAGGCGCUGCUGGUGGCCGCCUACUCCCUCAUCAUCGUGGUGUCCCUGUUCGGAAACACCCUGGUGUGCCAUGUGAUGAUCAAAACCAACAGAACCCAGACCUCCACCCGCUUGUUUAUUCUGAACCUGGCUGUGGCUGACAUCUUCAUCACGGUCCUCAACACACCUUUCACUCUGGUUCGCUUCAUGAACAGCACCUGGGUGUUUGGGAGGACAAUGUGUCACAUCAGUCGCUUUGUGCAGUACUGCUCCCUGCAUGUGUCCACUCUCACACUCACUGCCAUCGCUCUGGACCGCCGAAAGGUGAUUUUGUACCCUUUGAGACCUCGCAUGUCUCCAGCACAAGGUGGAGUUUGGGUCACUGUUAUCUGGAUAAUGGCCAGCUGUUUCUCCCUCCCACAUGCAAUCUACCAAAAACUCCUGACAUUUACGUACAGUAAGGAGAAAGAGCGAAGCCUGUGCAUCCCAGACUUCCCAGAGCCGUCGGACGUCUACUGGCAGUACAUCGACCUCCUGACCUUCUUCCUGCUUUACAUGCUGCCCCUCCUCAUCAUCACCGCCUCUUACACCACAGUGGCCCGUCGGCUGUGGCGCCACAAUGCCAUCGGUGACAUCACCACAGAUCAGCACGCCACCCACAGAAAGAAGCGCCAGCGGACGUUGGCCAUGCUGCUGCUGGUGGUCGGGGUGUUUGCUGUUUGCUGGUUUCCCCUCAACUGCUACGUGGUGCUGCUGUCCAGCCAGGCCAUCCACUCCUCCAACGCCCUGUACUUCUGCUUUCACUGGCUGGCGAUGAGCUCCACCUGCUACAACCCGUUCAUCUACUGCUGCCUGAAUCCCACCUUCCGCCAUGAGCUCCGGCUGCUAUUUGGCAGGUGCAGGAGGAAACGGAGGGUGGUGGUCGGGAUGGAGCUGGAGCUUCGCCCUGCGACUGCCUGUGCUCCCUGUCAUAGGCCCGCCUGGCCAGACGGCCACGAGUCCUUGAGGCCGAGCCAUGGUUUGUCACAUCGGGGUCAGGGCUCCUCGCAGCAGAGUCACGCUUUGCCCAGUCAGUCCCACAACCUGAAAAAUGAUCAUGUGCUCUUCACGGCCCGGCAGGCCCUAACAGGGAGAACUGACAUCCUCUCAGUGGAGCCCAUGGUGGCUAUGAGCUGACUGGAGACGACUGCUACAGUUCUGAUAGGACAGAUAUGAGUAUUUGAGAUUUUACAUCUGUUUCAGGAUAUCGCCAUGUUUCCAAAGAAAGCUAGCGCAGGAUUUCAAAACCAGCAGAAAAAGAGGAGAAGCUUUUUUGAUGACUUUCAUUCAGAAAAGCUUAUAAUAGUUUCUCCAUGUUGACAUGGAUUUUCUCUCACCAUGCUACUUUUUUCCAUUCUUUUUUGAGGUGCAUUGUUUGUCGGGUACUCAGCCUUUAAAAACAGAAGUGCGUCGUCUGCCUUGGAGCUUUGGUGAUGUUCCUCAGCAGAUGGAAGUGAUCCAGUGGUUCAGGUUCAGUUAUCUUUUUUUUUUCUGAGUGCUUCUAAUGGCUUUUAUAAUUCUCUGAAUAAAAUCCUAAGCAUUCAUUUUUAGCAAUGGAAACAUCCUGUUUACAAACUGUAACACUGACAUUAUGACCUGGUGUGGGUGCAGUGCAAUGUGAGACUGUUUUGUGCUUUGCUUUGUUUAGUUUGCAUCAACAACUAAAAGCCCGUCAAAAAGAGUCUGUUGAAAAAUGGGUUCAAACUUUUGAACCCAUUGGAUAACUGUUGGUUUAAUGUUUAUUGGCUCAUAUUUAGGUUGUUGCUUUAGAAUAUGGGUUUUGAUUUUAAAAAAAUUAUAAUGAUUUUGUAGGUGUUUGUAGACGUGCUUAAUGGUACAGUCCAACAACAAGCAUAAAACACAGAAAUGGAAGAUUAGAAUAUUGAGUCAUUGUUUAUUUUUGUACAAAAAUCAAACUAACCAAGACAUGACUAUUCAAAAUGAAAUUGUGAGACAAUUAUCCAUUUGUAAAAUAUCUAUCCAUCCAUCCAUCCAUCCAUCCAUCCAUCCAUCCAUCCAUCCAUCAUCUAUACACCACUUAAUCCUCAUUAGGGUUGUGGAGGACUGGAGUCUAUCCCAGCUGACUUAUUGUGAAGACAGAGGACACCCUGGACAGGUCAUCAGUCUAUCACAGGGCCAUUUGUAAAAUAAAUGAAAAAAGUAACUUAAUGACUGUUUCAAACCCCUUUUUCAUAUGAUUCAUUUUGAUGAUGUGUCCUUUGUUAAAAACAUCUUAUGAAACAUCUAGCAUUGAUGUGAUGAUGGUGUUCUGAUGUAACCGUGCUUCUUUUCUUUCUACAGCCUGUAUAGGCUUGUGGUAGCGAAGCCACAAAGAUAAUUUUUUUCAAGAAUCUUUGGCAAACUGUGACAACCCCCACUCCCCCUCAACAAGCUCUAUCAUCAACUGACAGAAGAUUUUCCUUUAGAAUUCUGGUUUGCCAUUCUGCACACAAGGACAGAUUCUCAGUGGUCUUAUUAUGUUGACCUGCUGAGAAUAAAAUCAUUUCAUAUUUAUCUGGAGGCCACUUUGAAUGGGCCCUGCUGCCCAUGCUUUUUUACUUUGCUGUUUGACUUUUAUUUACAGUAUUUACAGUUUUUCUCAGUCACUUUGGUACAUUUCUCGAAUCAUCCUCAACAUUUGCAAAACACCAAGUGUAUUUCUCAGAACAAUUUGUACAAAUAGCAAAACACCACAGAUUACCUGCAAAAGCCAGUCUCUUGCUCAAAAUCCUCAGUUCAUCUCUCACAAGUAAAUAUCUGUGUCAAUGAACUUGUCAGUGCCAUCAGAAUGACUAGUCCUUGUGUCACUGUGUGGAUAAGACAGUCAGAUUGUUUAGUCAUGUUGUCAUUAUAACAGUGUACUGUGGAGGGAUGUUCUGAUGUAAACUAUGGCUAAAGUUUUGAUGACUAUUGCUGUAAAUUGUAAGUUAGUCCUUCCUCUGUGUGGGAAACUGAAAGACACUGGACAAGAGUCACAUUUAUGCUUUUACUGUUUGUAUUGUAAUUUGUUGACAGACAAUGUCAUUGCGAUACAGAAAGGAAAACAGUGCUGCAUAGCACAAAGAAAAAACAAAAAAUAAAAGUAGAAAUGUGAACAUAGGACAAUCUCCUUAGGGAAAACUGUACAUGCAGCUGUAGGAAUUACAGUACAGUCUUCCUACACCUCCUGAUGUUCCUGUCUGUAGGACCACAAAUUCUCAUCCACAUCACGAAUAUCUUCUCGUGUCUUUGAGCGAUUUCAGGAAACCGUAACCCUUCAUAUAUUUCCCCUUUGUUAGAAAAAGUCAAGAUUCACCUGGGAGCAAUUUACCAAUUCAGGACAGAUUUAGACAAAAAAGUCUAUUGGAACUGUAUAGAGAUAUCCUUGAUAUAUUCUGACAACUUGUUCAACCAUUUUGCAUGUAAAGACUUAUGUGAUGAACUGAUGCCUAAAUAUUGUGGGGGGUGAGACUAUUCAACAGAGACCCAUUAUAAUACAUUUUGAUCAACAUGACAUAAACAAUUGAUAAUGUAGGAAACAGCAGAGAAUCGUACAGAAUCAUUUACAUGGAUGUACCAAAGCAUUUGCAACUUGUUCAAAGUAAUGAGAAACUGCUUUUUUGAUGUGCACAAGUGACACAAUGAUGUGAAGAUUGAACAAGUAGUUUUGAGAAUUUCAAUUCUGAUCUGAGAAAUGUACCAAAGUGACUGAGAAAAACUGUAAUGACUAUGCACAAAAACAAAAGUAACAUGAAACCAAAAAUAGUUCUUUAACUUAGCAUCUUUUUGUUAAUCUCAGUUUAUAGUAUUACUGUGUUGUUUAGGUUCUCUGAGACUAAAGCCGAUAGUGACAGGAUGAUAAUAUCCUAAACUGACAACCUAAACUACACUAUGACACAUGUCCAGUAGUCGUUAUCUUUAAGGGACCAAAGACUGCUCUAAAUUUGUCAUCAUGUAGCUGCUACUGCCACCAGCAUCUAAGAAACCAACCAAUAAAAACUCAUGAAAUUGUACAAAAUACACUGGUGAAAAUUUCACAAGUAAAGUUUGAAAUGAAGUUUAAAAAUAUUGACUGUCUCUCUUGCACACUCAAGCCAAAACAAUGAAGGCAUAAAAGUAGUUGCGACUCACUUCUUUGCUAUCUUACUAUAUUUAUCAAAUGUGAGAGCUCUCAUAUCUGCUUUUUCAUUUAGAUGGCAGAGCUAUGAUUCACCGUACAUUCACUGCACAGUCUGACAUCAAUCAGUGGAAAUCACAGUGUGGCCCAGAAUUAACUGGUCCCUUUUUGUACAGCGUGACAUGCUGAUAACUUGUUUGCUUUUCCUUGAUUUCUGUCAUAUACCACUGUUCAAAAGUUUGGGAUCACCCAGACAAUUUCAUGUUCUCAAUUAAAACUCACACUUUUAUUCAUGUGCUAACAUAAUUACACAAGGGUUUUCUAAUCAUCAAUCAGCCUUUCAACACCAUUAGCUAAUACAAUGUAGCAUUAGAACACAGGAGUGAUGGUUGCUGGAAAUGUUCCUCUGUACCCCUAUGGAGAUAUCCCAUUAAAAAUCUGAGAGAACACAAUGGAUAAUAGACUGAUUAAGUGGUAGUGUGCAAUUAGAACUGUGUCGCUAAGUAACUCCCUAAAGUCUUUGAGAACAUGAUUAACACAUGUACCUUGAUGAAUACGGACAUGAAUUUCCAUAUAUAAACAAUUAUUUUGUUCAUUUAUACUGCAGUUUGCAGAGAAAAGACAGAGACCCAACGACUUCAAGUAUAAACAAAGAACAGUUCUGUCUGUGCUGAAACCUGGAUGUAUAAUAAUCUCACUCACAAUACACCUAUAACCAUUUUCCCAUUUUCCUAACCUUUUUGUGUAUUACUUUGGCUAUUUAUUGUGAAAUUUUACUCAGAAGUAUCUGCAAUUACAUGUGGAUUGUAAAGAUUAUCAACUAGGUCUGAUCUAAUCAAAUCUAAGACUCAAACUCUCACUUUUAUUCAUGUACUAAUAUAAUUACACAAAGGUUUUCUAAUCAUCAAUUAGCCUUUCAACACCAUUAGCUAACACAAUGUAGCAUUAGAACACAGGAAUGAUGGUUGCUGGAAAUGUUCCUCUGUACCCCUAUGGAGAUAUUCCAUUAAAAAUCAGCUGUUUCCAGCUAGAAUCAUCAUUUACCACAUUAACAAUCUCUAGACUGUAUUUCUGAUUAAUUUAUUGUUAUCUUCAUUGAAAAAAAAAACUGCUUUUCUUUCAAAAACAAGCACAUUUCUAAGUGACCAAAUCAAUGUCAAUAUAGGAAAUGAGAAUCGCUCCCCUAAACUCCCUCAACUCUGGUGUGGAUUUAUUUUUUUUUAUUUUUUUUAAAACAAUGAUAAUAAUUUUGUAGGUGUUUGUAGACAUAUCACAUUCAAUGUGACCAGUAAAGAAGGGGUGAUACUGUCGUUUGGCAACAGCAGAAAAACAUUUUACCAGUUAUGUUACCUUUGGAAUUCCCUGACAACAGACAUUUUACAGUUCAGUUGGCAUUUCAGUGCAUUUCUCACACACACUUAUUAUCAGGGUAAUACAGAGAAGUAUUUUAUAUAUGCCUAGGUCAGAUGUGAGAAACUGCUUUUUCCAGUUAAGAAUGUGAAAAUAUGUUUCUCAGUAGCUUAAAAGUUUAAUUCUGGAACCUACACACCAGAGGAUGAGGCAGUGCUUACAAGCUGAGGCUUCCUCACAGCCGGCCAAUCAGAAGAAAGACUCUAUCUUUAAUAUUGUCAAAUAUAUUUAUGCAUGUAGGAAUUUUAAAAUUAUUUAGUGCAGUUGGGUGGCAAUUCAAUUCUACUUACAGACCAAGUACAACCAUCUUCUUUAUGUCGUAUUGCCCACAUAUUGAAAUAUUAUGCAUUAAUGUAAAAGCUUGAAAUUAGGUUAUACUCAAGAAAAUAAUGUCCAGUGUGGUGCAGUGGAUGCCAGAUUGGUAGGUACAUCCAUAUUUGAUAUUUUUAUUUCAUAUUAUUUUCUAAGUAUUUUGGUCAUUUUUGUGUGCAACUCAGGAACACAUCAUCAUGUCCUACAGUGUUUACAGAAAAGGAACAAUCUCUAUCGCUUCUUUUCAAAGACAGAAUACAGAAAAAAAAUACAAGAGAGGCAAAGCUGAACAUAUGAAGGAUUUCUGCUUUUAGAACUGGUAUGACCAGUGUUCUUCAAUUUUUUUCCCCAUCUAUUUAAAGACCUUAUUCAUGGUUACAUUACUCUGACAUUGAAGGUAAGCAAACUGCAUAGGCCUGUAAUUAAUACACAUAAAAAUCUGUGCUAGAUACAUGUCCUCACCAAUUUUGAGAUUCAUUUUCUCACCCCGAGUCAUUGUUGCCACAAAAUUGUGAUCAAGUUCAUACAUACAAGUGUGUCAUCAUAGCACAACAUCAGAUACAAGAGUGUGAAUUGAUUAAACAACAAUUUUGUGCAAUUUUGUCAUAGCUAUCACCGAUUUUUGUGUGAAAAAUAAGUGUUACAUGUUCUCAGUUUUGGAGGUGUAAAGUUAUUGUGCUGGAAUGAAACAUGUUGAAAGUAUAUUUUUGCCAGUGUUUUUGUUUGUUAGUUUUUUGUUUGUAAAAAAACAAACAAAGAAAAAGCCUAAUUUUAUGUCUAAGAAGGAAAAAAAUACAGGAUUUGUGCAUACGCAUGUGUGUCUACUUGUGUUCUGUAAAAGUAAAACUGGAUAUGACUUGAUAUUUCUCCCCUUAACUAACAAAUUAUUUACUUAAUUUCACUAUUUCUGUAAAUAAUCAAUGUGAUAAAAUAACAUCUUUGCAACUUUGUCUCACUUCAGUGUAAUGUUUCAGGUAUGUGAAAUGUUGUUUAUGCGUUUUUUGGUGUUUCUUUGUUUUUGAACAUCUCUUAACUGGAAUAUUUUGCUGUCCUUUGUAAAGUCUUACCAUCAUGGCACCCCUGUAAUCUACAAGAUAAAAUAUAAUAA